AUGUGUUAUUACCAGAUACCUGGCUUAAUCUCUUUCUCACCUGAGAGAAGCCAAAUCUCGGAGGCACUGUUGUUGUUGCAAGUGCUUCAAUUAAGAGUCUUACUCCGAGUGGAAUUCCAUGCAGCAGAUAACGCUUUUAUCUCUCCUUCCUUCCCCCGCCUUCCUACGUAUCCUACCCCCUCAACACUAUCUCACCUUCCUCCUCCUCCUCCUCCUCUUCCUCCUCCUCCUUCCUACGUAUCUGACCCCCUCAAUACUAUCUCAUCCUCCUCCUCCUCCUCCUCCUCCUCCUCUUCCUACAUAUCCUACCCUUCAACACUAUCUCACCUUCCUUCCUCCUCAAUCUACUUCUUUUUCUUCCCUGCGUAUCCUCCCCCAACCACUUCCUUCCUCCUCUCCUCCUUCCUCCUUCCUUCCUCCUUCCUGCGUAUCCUACCCCCUCAACACUCUUCUUCCUCUUCCUCUUCCUCCUCCUCCUCCUCUUCUUCUCCUUCCUACGUAUCCUACCCCCUCAACACUCUUCUUCCUCUUCCUCUUCCUUCCUCCUCCUCCUCCUCCUUCCUACGUAUCCUACCCCCUCAACACUCUUCUUCUUCUUCUUCUUCUUCUUCUUCUUCCUCCUACUCUACUUCUUCUUCUUCCUGCUCGGCUUGGAAUGUUAUUAUGAACAACGGUCAGUCGUCUCAGCCUCUCUAUCUAGGCGCAUCCACAGUGAACACCCUUGAAGACAACGAAGACCUCGAGGAAGAAGAAGUCCCUGAUAUGAGCCCGAAGAAGCCGCCGCCGCCGCCGCCUCGAACUCUCUCGUCAUCGACGACGCCGCCACCGAAGCGAAACAUUGUCGCCUGGGUCGCCUUUGAGACGCAGGUGACACCUCUCAGAAAUUCAAGCAUCAGCCCCAACCGGCUCAUUAGAAUGUCGGAGCGUCGCCCCGCAAGCACCGAGACGCGAGAGGACGCGCCAGUGUGUCGAUCCUUCAAUGCCCUGGACAAACGAGGUGUUGUAGCAGACUUCGUGGCCUGGGCUUGUGGGAAUCCGGCGAACGAGGUGCCCCGUGACUCCCUUGACCUGACACGUCCCAAACGCUCACUCGUGUGCCAAAGGAAAAAUGUCUUAUCUCGGGACCCCUUAACAAAUCUUCAUCGCAGAACACAAUCGGGAGAAGAAAAGAAGAAGAAGAAAAAGGCAAAUGAUUUGUCUGGUGGAAAAGUGGCGCACCUUUAUCGCUCCGAUCAAGAGGAGAGGUGGAGGGAAGAGGGACAGGAGGAGGAGGAGGAGAAAAGAGAUAAGGGGAAGAGAAAAAGAGAUAGAGAGGGAGAGAGAGAGCAGUAA